AGGAAAUGUAGCCUGUGAACGCCCAGAGGAGGUAGCAACUGAUUCUGCGCCCCCUGCCCUCCCACAUCUCUCUCCCCCUCUGCGAUCAGGCAAGGCUUUUUGCUUUUGGCUCUGAAUUUUGAGGGAAGCGUACUACAGGUAGAAGAGACAACACGCCCAAAGGUCUUGAGAUGGUAAAUGCUCCUUCAGAGGUGGCUCAUGCUUGACACUUUGGGGCAUUUGACCACUUAGGGCUAUGGGAGCUGUGUCCUGAGACAGACCCCAUGACUUUCAUAGCCGGAGCAUUCUCAAUUCCCAUGUCGGAGGUGAAGCAGCUGAGGCCCUGCUAAGUAGGAAUGAGAAUCCAGAGGCUCCUCGCCGCGUUGCCUCCCAGUCGACAAGAACGCCAAGGAAUGAGGGAAAAUGCAGGGUGUCAGGGCUGGGGGCCCUAGCAGCAAAGGGAGCGUUGAGCCGCCUGCAGAAGCCGCUGCGAGCCCGGAACCCUCCAUGUGAGAUCCCAACUGCGGCGGACGAUCCAGGCCAGAGUCACGCCCAGACACAGGGCAUGCUGGGAACUGCGAGCCCACCGCUGGUCUUCGGGCGGUGUGGGCCUGGGAGGCACCAGGGAAGAGCAGUUCCGAGGCGUUGGGGACGGGACACCGCAUUCGCUAGAAGGGACAGCCCAGCGCCAGUCCCCAGAAAGUUCCACGGUCGCCGCGAGGCAACCCAACCCUGCACUCGCCCGUGGUCUCUUGGCCAGCUCUAGGGUUGUAGGGAAGAGCGAAAGGCCCCAAGUGCGGCGCUGGCCGGAAGUGCCGCGCCGUCAGCGCAGGGCUCGCCGGGAAAUGUGGUUCCUUUAGGCGGCCCGGGGCGGUGGCCGCGAGUUCUGCAGGCAGCGCGGCGGAUCCGGCGUGGACCCGGGAUGGCUGGACCGGGCAGCACUGGGGGCCAGAUCGGGGCUGGGGGCCUGGCAGGCGGUGCGCGGUCUAAGGUAGCCCCGAGCGUGGACUUCGACCACAGCUGCUCGGACAGUGUGGAGUACCUGACGCUCAACUUCGGGCCCUUCGAAACAGUACAUCGCUGGCGGCGCCUCCCGCCCUGCGACGAAUUCGUGGGUGCUCGGCGCAGCAAGCACACAGUGGUGGCCUAUAAAGAUGCCAUUUAUGUAUUUGGUGGAGACAAUGGGAAGACCAUGCUCAAUGACCUCCUGCGGUUCGAUGUGAAAGACUGCUCCUGGUGCAGGGCCUUUACCACUGGGACCCCACCAGCACCCCGUUACCACCACUCGGCCGUUGUCUACGGGAGCAGCAUGUUUGUCUUUGGGGGCUAUACUGGGGACAUUUAUUCCAAUUCUAAUUUGAAGAAUAAAAAUGACCUCUUUGAAUACAAGUUUGCAACUGGCCAGUGGACGGAGUGGAAAAUUGAAGGACGGUUGCCAGUCGCUAGGUCAGCCCACGGGGCCACAGUGUAUAGUGACAAGCUGUGGAUCUUUGCUGGUUAUGAUGGCAAUGCCAGGUUGAAUGACAUGUGGACAAUUGGCCUCCAGGACCGAGAGCUCACCUGCUGGGAGGAGGUGGCCCAGAGUGGUGAGAUCCCCCCGUCUUGCUGCAACUUCCCUGUGGCCGUGUGCCGGGACAAGAUGUUUGUGUUCUCUGGGCAAAGCGGGGCCAAGAUAACCAACAACCUCUUCCAGUUUGAAUUCAAGGACAAGACGUGGACACGCAUCCCAACUGAACACCUGCUCCGGGGCUCCCCACCACCCCCGCAGCGGCGCUACGGGCAUACCAUGGUGGCCUUUGACCGCCACCUCUAUGUGUUUGGGGGUGCAGCCGACAACACCCUGCCCAAUGAGCUGCACUGCUAUGAUGUGGACUUCCAGACCUGGGAGGUUGUCCAGCCCAGCUCUGACAGCGAGGUUGGUGGCGCUGAAGUGCCCGAGCGAGCCUGUGCUUCCGAGGAGGUGCCCACCCUGACCUCUGAGGAGCGGGGUGGCUUCAAGAAGUCCCGAGACAUGUUUGGCCUGGACUUUGGCACCACCUCAGCCAAGCAGCCCACCCAGCCCGCCUCGGAGCUACCCAGCGGGAGGCUCUUCCAUGCGGCCGCUGUCAUCUCGGAUGCCAUGUACAUCUUCGGGGGCACGGUGGACAACAAUAUCCGCAGCGGGGAGAUGUACAGGUUCCAGUUCUCCUGUUAUCCUAAAUGCACGCUGCACGAGGACUACGGGCGGCUGUGGGAGAGCCGUCAGUUCUGCGACGUGGAGUUUGUGCUGGGUGAGAAGGAGGAGUGCGUGCAGGGCCAUGUAGCCAUUGUCACAGCGCGGAGCCGCUGGCUUCGCAGGAAGAUCACGCAGGCACGGGAGAGGCUGGCCCAGAAGCUGGAGCAGGAGGCCACCCCAGUUCCCAGGGAGGCCCCCAGCAUGGCUGCGGGUGGGGCCCGGCCACCCCUGCUGCACGUGGCCAUCCGGGAGGCCGAGGCCCGGCCCUUCGAGGUGCUCAUGCAGUUCCUCUACACCGACAAGAUCAAAUACCCACGGAAAGGCCACGUGGAAGACGUGCUGCUCAUCAUGGAUGUGUACAAAUUGGCGCUGAGCUUCCAGCUGUGCCGCCUGGAGCAGCUGUGCCGCCAGUACAUCGAGGCCUCCGUGGACCUGCAGAACGUGCUGGUUGUGUGCGAGAGUGCCGCCCGGCUGCAGCUGAGCCAACUCAAGGAGCACUGUCUGAACUUCGUGGUGAAGGAGUCCCACUUCAACCAGGUGAUCAUGAUGAAGGAGUUCGAGCGCCUCUCCUCCCCACUGAUCGUGGAGAUUGUGCGGCGGAAGCAGCAGCCGCCCCCUCGUACUCCCUCGGACCAGCCGGUGGACAUUGGCACGUCUCUCAUCCAGGACAUGAAGGCAUACCUAGAGGGGGCAGGUGCAGAGUUCUGUGACAUCACAUUGUUGCUGGAUGGGCACCCACGGCCGGCCCACAAGGCCAUCCUGGCCGCCCGCUCCAGCUACUUUGAAGCCAUGUUCCGGUCCUUCAUGCCCGAGGAUGGGCAGGUGAACAUCUCCAUCGGGGAGAUGGUGCCCAGCAGGCAGGCCUUCGAGUCCAUGCUGCGCUACAUCUACUACGGCGAGGUCAACAUGCCGCCUGAGGACUCGCUCUACCUGUUUGCGGCCCCCUACUAUUACGGCUUCUACAACAACCGGCUGCAAGCGUACUGCAAGCAAAACCUAGAGAUGAAUGUGACAGUGCAGAACGUGCUGCAGAUCCUGGAGGCAGCCGACAAAACCCAGGCGCUGGACAUGAAGCGGCACUGCCUGCACAUCAUCGUGCACCAGUUCACCAAGGUCUCCAAGCUGCCCACGCUGCGGUUGCUGAGCCAGCAGCUGCUGCUGGAUAUCAUAGACUCCCUGGCUUCCCACAUCUCCGACAAGCAGUGUGCAGAGCUGGGCGCCGACAUCUGAGACCCUGUGGCGCCUACCCAGCGUGAAGAAUUGCCAUGCCUGCCUGCCCUGCCCACUGAGAAGACUGUACUAGCCACACACAUGCCUAUGGCAGAGUGGGUGCACCUGCCAGGCCAAGGGUCAGGGUGCCCAGAGCCUCCAAAGAGAGCUGAGGGGAUGUGUGGCUCCAGAUGCCUCAAUUCACUGAGGACACAGGUCCCACAGGGAGCGGAUGAUGAAGCAGACCUCCUCCCCUGUUGGCACCCUCUCCUGGUGUCAUGUGGGUGCAAGGUCACGGCUCAGUGAUGGGGACACCAACCAGAAGUGGGGAAGAGAUGGGCUUCCCACCCUGUGGAGCUCGGCCUGGCGUCCGAAGCUUGGGCAUGUUGUGGACCCAGGCACUGGGGCCUGUCACCAAGGCCCCUCCAACAUGCGGAAGGAGGCUUGGCAGAAUUGCCCCUGCACCAGGGAAUCUGUCUGGGCUACUCCUGCCCUGCCCACCCUCACUGAGAUCCAUGUAAGGGGCUCCUCCCACCGGAACUUGAGUGGGGACCGCAUGUGGGUCUCACAUGACUUGAGGUGAAUCCUGGAGUGAAGGGCCCUGAGGUCAGCUCCCAGGUUGGCUGGGCUGGGCUGGGCCUGAUUUUCAUAGGGGUUGAAGGAUCCCAGCCCACCUGUGUGCAUGUCAGGGCUCAGGGCUCGGCCGGGAAGAAGCCAGCAAAGUCCCCCGUGUCCCUCACUGAGUAUUCUGUCAUAGAUAAGCCUUCAUUAAAGCCACAGCAGUGCUACCUACCAUAUACACCUUGCUGGCCUGGCCACCAUUGCUGGCCUCAGCCCCUCAGCCCUCCUGCAGCCAAGGACUGGUUGUGUGGCCCAUGGCUUGGCAGACCCCCAGACGUAGGUUAGUUGGUCUUACCUGUCUCUAGCCAUGCUGUCAACUCCUUCCCCAACCUGGGGUGACCCAGUCACAAUGGGGAGAGGAGCUGUGGAGGCCUCCAGGCUGGCCCCUCCCUGGGGAAUCCUGGAGUGGGCUCCUGCCCUCUUGCCCCUAUACUGUGCUCUUGGCUGCUGUGGAAGGUGGGCUGCCCUCUUGCCCUAGUGAGGGCCACAUGAGUCCACUCUGAUGCUGGGGAACCAGUAUUCCCUUACUGGGAAGAGGAUUCCAGGACUCCUUAUUUUGUCAUGGCUGCCAUGAAGCCACAGCUCACCUUGGGGAAAUGACCUGCUCUUUUUUGGCUUUAGAGUUCAUUUUCCUCCUCUGCCUGUGUGCACGUGGAUGGGGGGCCCUGAGUGCCAAGUUGCUUAGCUAACAGGAGAAAUCCAUAGGCAGCCUGCAGGCUAGGAAGUGGCCUGGUGCAAGAUGAGCUGGCAAACAAGGGAUGGCAGGAGCAGGGGCAGAGGCUGAGCCAAAAGGCCCUCUGGUGAGGACAGAGAUGCCCAGGGCUAUGGCUGGGGUAUGUCAACACAUGGAAGUGGAGUGCAGGCUAGGGCAGCCAGCCAAGUGGGCCAGAUGUGAGUCACACAGUGGGGCCACAGAACCACCUACCCAGUUUCCACAAGAUGUGGCUCUUACCACUCCCACAGGGCAGCCUCCUCCAAACCCCUCCUGGAGGGGCCAGCCCAGAAGCCUCCUUGAACUAGUCUGCAAACCCUGCUCCAUGCUGACCCCAUCACUGAACCCUCAAUUGUCUUUUCUACAUGAUGUGAAUAAAUGAAAUUACAUGCCAAGGGUCCUAAAAAGCAAA